CCAUAUUUCUUUCAAAGAAGCAGGGAAGUGAACUUGGGUAAUCUUAUUUUUCCCCCUGCAUAGCUUUGUUGAGAUAAGUUAGGCUGAGAAAGAGAGCGAUUGUCCCAAGACUUCUUAGGCCUCAUCCACACAUCCAUUUGUUGCAUGAUUACUUCUGUUUGCCCCUUGAUUUCUAGGCCUGGGUUUGAGAGGCUUUUCUUUUGUCCUGCCACUUUCCAAUACAGCUGAAUUGGAACGAACAUCAAUCCGCAGAAAACCUGAUUGACAUUUGUUCCGAUUCAGCAGUAAAGCAUGGGUUUUCCCAGGGAAUGCGGUGGGACAAAAGAAAAAUCUCUUGGACUCAGGCCUAGUAAUCAUGGGACAAACAGAAGUGUGGAUGAGCCCAUAGUGAGUUUUCCAUUGCUGAGGGGAAAUCUGAACCCAGAUCACCCUGAUCCAAUUCAUAUUGGCUCCCUUUUUGGCUGGAUUAUAGCUUACAUUUAUAUCCAAUACCAUUGCUUCGUUUGUUCUUGGAUCACCGCUUUCCUCUUUAUUGCAGAUCGCAGACUUCUUGAAAUUCUGAGCCUCUGCAGCAUGACCAUCUAUUUUUAAUUCUUGUUGUAGAGGGAGACUAGACUGAAGCCAUUUUCUUUCUCUGUUUUUCCCCCACCUCCCAGGUUUCAAGUGGCUAUCUGGUUGUAGUGUUUGUGUAUGUGACUGAAUAUAUUGGCAUAAAGGCUCGCACGUGGGCAUCCAUGCACGUCCAUGCGUUUUUUGCACUGGGGAUUAUGGUUGUGGCUCUGGUAGGCUACUUGGCCCCCACCUGGUGGGUCUACCAGAUAUGCCUUUCCGUAACAACUCUCCCCUUUGUCUUGUGCUGCUGGAUGCUCCCAGAGACACCCUUCUGGCUGCUCACAGAGGGAAGAUACGAAGAAGCACAAAAAGUAAUUAAUGUAAUGGCAAGAUGGAAUAAAGUAAGCACUCCUUGUAAAAUUUCUGAACUGUGUCCCGUCCAAGAUGAUCUAGUCAGUAGCAGAACGGGUGAUAAUGACAUUUCUCCCGUGAAGAAGCACAACAUCUUAGAUCUGUUUCAUAACUGGCACAUUGCAAGAAGGACCAUUACAGUCUGGCUGAUUUGGUUCACUGGGAGUUUAGGAUAUUAUGUGUUCUCCCUCAGUUCCGUGAACCUUGGAGGCAAUGAAUAUUUAAAUCUAUUUCUCAUAGGUGCUGUGGAGCUUCCUGCCUAUGUCCUGGCUUGCAUAGGAAUGGACAAACUGGGACGAAGGAACACCUUGAUCCCAUUCCUCAUCUCGAGUGCAGUGAUCUGUGCUCUAGUCAUGGUGAUACCUCAGGAUUACAGUGUUCUAGUUAUUGCAGCAAAUAUGGCUGGAAAGUUUGCAAUAGGUGUUGCAUUCGGCCUUAUCUACCUGUAUACGGCAGAGCUAUAUCCAACAGUUGCACGGACCCUUGCAGUGGGCAGUGGGAGCAUGAUGUGCCGGGUAGGGAGCGUGGUAGCCCCUUUCUGUGUUUACCUGUCAAGUGUUUGGAUCUUUAUGCCACAGCUGAUUGUAGGAGUCAUGGCCUUCCUGAGUGGAGUGCUAACCCUGAUGCUACCAGAAACACUUGGGAAGCCGUUGACAAAUACAUGGGCAGAACUCAAUGAGCAUAUGAAAAAAGACAGUGGCUCAGAAAAGUAUCUCCCAGCAUCUCAGGAUGGUGCAGCACGGGAUAAGAUUGAGAUGCUGAACCAAGAGGCACACGGCACUGAUGGAUAAGAUUUUUAAAAAUGCUAUUAUGUGCUGUAUUGUGCUCCUUCGUUUGCAAUAUCCACUGGUUAGUACACGUUCCUUGUAAUCUGUACACCCUCUUGCCCUCUCAUCAUGGAGACAAGAAUUAGAGCUUGUAGAACAUAUUUUGAAGCUGUUCUGAAGCACUUUGUUAACAUAUGACGUGAGUAAUGCUAAUUCAAAGAAAUAUGUUUUUCUGAUACUGAUUUUAAAAAGCCACCUCUAGCUUCUUUCUCAGAUUUCCUGCUGCAUUCAUUGUCAUUUCAAAAUCCCCUGUUAAUAUUUUUUGAAUUGCCAAGUGCAACCACAACAAAUCAUGAAUUGGUAUUGUUACAUUCUCGGACAUUUAGACAAUGUUUACAUAGAAGGAAAACUCUCAAAUAAUUGUAGUGAUUUCUUAAUAAAUGGAAUGUGCCAAUCUAGGUUUUCUAAGCUUUUGUCUCAUUUCUUAGCAAUGCCAUCCAUUUAAAAGGAGAAGCCAGCCCAUGGCUUCUAAUGGAGACAGUCAACAUUUGUAAGUUGCAUAGACAGCAUGCAUGCUCAUUGAAUGUUAAAGGAAUUAUGUGUGACCGAAACAAAAUAUUGUUAGCUGUCUGUAGCAAUGUCUCUGCAGCACAGAUAAAAUCAGGUUGUCUUAAAAA